AUGGAAGGAGAAAGAGGCGCGUUUGGUUUUGGAGCUGCACCUGCAGUCCCCCCGGAAACGGCAGUGGGGCCGUUGUUAGGAGAUGAAUGUUAUGCUGACUUCUUGAGGGAAGAUUUUGAUGUAAAAGUGUACACCUCACAGUCUAUUCAUCAAGCAGUUAUAGCUGAACAGUUGGCAAAACUUGCUCAAGGGAUCAGUCAGCUGGAUAAGGAACUCCACUUGCAAGUUGUUGCAAGGCAUGAGGAUUUGCUUGCCCAAGCCACUGGCAUAGAAUCUUUGGAAGGUGUUCUUCAAAUGAUGCAGACAAGAAUAGGUGCCCUACAAAGCACCGUUGACCGGAUCAGAACCAAAAUUAUUGAUCCGUACAACAAAAUAGUGUCUCGUACUGCACAGUUGGCAAGGCUUCAGGCUGCCUGUGACUUGCUGCGGAGAAUAAUACGCAUCUUGUAUCUCAGCAAGAGGCUUCAAGGGCAGCUGCAGGGAGGAAGCCGGGAGAUAACAAAAGCUGCUCAGAGUCUCAAUGAGCUUGAUUACCUUUCUCAAGGAAUAGACCUCUCUGGAAUAGAAGUGAUUGAAAAUGACCUGCUCUUUAUCGCAAGAGCUCGACUUGAGGUGGAAAAUCAGGCUAAACGGUUGCUCGAGCAAGGAAUUGAGACUCAGAAUCUAAGAGGGCUACAGGAACCCGUAUUGUUUAUGCGUGAUGCUUGCGGGGAAGAAAGUAGUUUAAAGACUAUGAACAAAAUGGAGGUUGCUGCCGUUUGCAAGCAAGUACAAGAGACAGUAAUUUGUGAACUUAGGUCUGAACAGUUCCAAAAAACCCUGCAAGAUGAACUGAAAAAAGCACUUAAUACAGUAUGGGACAAUCUCUUGAGGAAUGCACAGUAUCCAGCUGAUAUAGACAAUAAUAGCACAGACCAAACAAAUGAGUUAUAA